AGUACGUCGCCCUCCACGUAUACGGGUGCGGUGUGGCCGUCCACGUACGCCUAGGCCGACGGACGUACGCGUUCGGUCGGCUAGCGCUCGCCCCGUCUUCCUCGGUGCACUGCACGGAGCAGAACGCCGUCUACCUUUUCGCCGUCGCCGCCGUCACUCUCUUGACCGACCCGGUCCCGCGUUGCCAUUAUAAGCCGUACGGGCGAUAUGUAUAGCCAGGUUCUGCCCACAACGCAACGCCAACAUACAUACAUAGGGGCUUGAUCUCUGCCCCGCCCCGCUGCUUUCUCCACUCCAAAUUUCCAAUACUCAGGUAGGUAGGCUGCUGCUAGAUACGAUGGGCAGCCACGCCGGUGGCAUGGAGACGGCGGAGGAGAGGACGCGGGUGUGCGACCUCCCGGAGGCGUGCGUGGCGCACGUGAUCGCGCUCACCUCCCCGCGGGACGCCUGCCGCUGCGCCGCCGUCUCGCCCUGCUUCCGCGACGCCGCCGGGUCCGACGUCGUCUGGGCGCGCUUCCUCCCGCCGGACUACCUCCAGCUGCACCAGGCGCCCGCGCGGCGCUUCUCGCUCUCGCGCUCCGCCUCCACUGCCUCGGCGACGGCGUCGGCGUCGUCGACCAAGAAGGAGGCCUACCUCGGGCUCACCGACGCGGCCGUGCUUGUGGACGGCGGCGGCAUGGCCGUGUGGCUGGCCAAGGAGAGCGGCGCCAAGUGCGUGGCCAUCUCGGCGAGGAGGCUCAGCCUGCCGUGGGAGGACGGCGAGUUCAGCUGGAGGUGGACGCCCCACCCGCUCUCCAGGUUCGCGGAACUGGCCCAGCUGGUGGACUGCACGUGCCUCGACAUCUACGGCCGGCUCCCCACCGCCGCGCUCACGCCGGCCACCGCCUACGCGGCGUACCUUGUCUUCGCCACCGAAGACGCCCACCGCGGCCUGAGCUUCCCGGACCAGGAGACCACCGUGAGCGUGAGCGGCAGCGCUCCGUCACGCCAUGCCGUGUGCCUCCGCCCCGACCCCAUCGAUGCGCGCAGGUUCAAAGACGGCAAAGGUAUGGACGGUGCCCACGUAAGGGGGCCGGUGUUGCGCGGCGACGGGUGGUGGGAGGUGGAGAUGGGGCGGCUGCGCACCCGCGACGAGGCAGUGGUGGGGGAGGAGGUGGCGGUGAGCUUCGAGAUACUGGGGUGGUACCCCAAGCGUGGGCUCAUCGUGGAAGGCAUCGAGUUCAGGCCCAUAUGAUCCAUCCUAGCUAGAGACCUCAAUUUAUGUCUGUACGCUGAAUAUCGGUUCAUCUUGUCGAUGAGCGAGCGCAUGCAUGUGCGUGUAGUUUUGUGAAUAGUAAACCGGACAGCUUUGUUGCCACAUUUCCAGAGCAUGUAUCAACUUUGUGAUGCCAUGGACAUAAUCGGUGUAGGUGCUGUUAGUACGGCAGGUCCUUGAACUUGUCUUGCAUGUGAUACUUUGGUCCUAAAACUUGCAAAAACUGACUAUCUAGUCCUCAA